AAGAGCAGGAAGAGGUAAAAAACAUACCAGGUGUAGGAGGAUUAGUAGUGCUGGUGAUGAUGGAGCUAGGAUUAACAUCAUGAGAAGAAGAUCCAAAACAAUUGCCCAUGUUGACUUUCAAGAUUCUCUCCUCUUAGAUGCUACCACUAUUACCAAAUAUGCUACUAAGAUCAAGAAAACAAGUUCAUAACAGUAGUAUUUUGUUUUUCAAAACGCUUUGGAAUGCUAAACCAACUAGUCAAGUGGAUCAGGCCCACCUGUUGUCACGAAAAUGCAACCCUAAAAUUGCAGACAAUAAACAGCCUCCAUUUCAGUUUUAUAAAAGAAGAAACAGAGCCUUUCCUCUCUAUCUCUAAGCCUUUCCUCUCUAUCUCUAACUCUGACGCAUAAAUACAAUUACUAUUCGUCGGCGCUGCCGCUGCCGCCGCCGCCUCCUCCAAUUGGUCGGAAACUGAUGUCAUGUCCUCUAGUAAUAACAGCCGUAGCUCCGCCAUCCUCUUCCACUUCUUCCAGCAAACUAUCACUACCGCGAUUAUUCCUACUAUUUCCACCAUUAUCACAAUUACCACUGUUCACUAAAAAGUCACAAUCUUUAUUCUAGUCGAUUCUUAUCUCUUGAAAAUUUUCUUACUCGUUUUCUGGCAUUCGGGUAGAAGAGAAAAAAAGGAAAAGAUGGCUGCUUUGAGUGGCUAUGGUGUGUUCUUGAAAGAGUCUGCUCUCCAGCUACCGCGUUCUGUUUCCACCAAUUACUACAAGAGGAGGAAUGCGAAAUGGAGUCCCCCUCAAGCUGCUAUAAUUCCCAAUUUCCAUCUUCCAAUGCGUAGUUUUGAAGUUAAAAAUAGGACAUCAUCAGAGGAAAUAAAGUCCCUUAGAUUGAUAACAGCCAUCAAAACCCCAUAUUUACCUGAUGGUAGAUUUGACCUUGAAGCAUAUGAUGCUUUGGUGAAUAUGCAAAUUGUUGAUGGUGCUGAAGGCGUGAUUGUUGGUGGCACAACUGGUGAAGGUCAGUUGAUGAGCUGGGAUGAACACAUAAUGCUUAUUGGUCACACUGUUAACUGUUUUGGUAGUUCAAUCAAAGUGAUUGGAAAUACCGGCAGCAACUCUACAAGGGAAGCAAUUCAUGCUACAGUGCAAGGCUUUGCAGUUGGAAUGCGUGCUGCUCUUCACAUCAACCCUUACUAUGGAAAAACCUCUGUGGAGGGCUUGGUUUCCCACUUUGAUAGUGUGCUACCUAUGGGCCCUACAAUUAUUUACAAUGUGCCCUCACGAACUGGCCAAGAUAUUCCCCCAGGUGUGAUACACAGUGUAGCACAAAGUCCAAAUUUGGCAGGUGUUAAAGAAUGCAUGGGUAAUGAUCGGGUGGAACAGUACACAGAGAAAGGAAUUGUGGUAUGGAGUGGGAAUGAUGAUGAAUGCCAUGAUGCUAGAUGGAGCCAUGGGGCUACCGGAGUGAUUUCUGUUGCUAGCAACUUAGUCCCAGGCUUAAUGCGCAAGCUCAUGAUCGAGGGGAAGGACCCUGCACUAAAUUCAAAACUUUUGCCUCUCAUACGAUGGCUUUUCCAAGAGCCAAACCCUAUUGGUUUGAACACAGCUCUGGCACAACUUGGAGUCGUGAGACCAGUUUUCAGGCUGCCAUAUGUACCUCUUCCUCUGCCAAAGAGGAUAGAAUUUGUGAAUUUGGUCAAGGCAAUUGGGCGUGAGAAUUUUGUAGGAGAACAAGAUGUCCAGGUUCUCGAGGACGACGACUUCAUGUUGGUAGGUCGGUAUUAGUCAGUUUUUGCUAUUCAGGACUUUUUGCUUGGAUUUUUAAUAUGACUAGUAAGUUUUGCAGUUUCAGUUACAAUAAUGCUUCUUGUUACAUUGUUGAAUCUGAAGCUGAAAAUAUAGUCUUUUAACUUCUUGUUACUGGUGUUUAAUGUUCAAAAAGAUCUCUGUUUGGAUUAUCUGGUGUCAUUGGUUGCAAAUCAUCUUGGCUCUUGGAUGAGAAAUGUUGGUAUCAUCUUACUUGCUUCUAAAAGCUCAAAUGUGAUUUUGCUGAUUAUGUUAAAUAAUUGUAUGUAGUGUCUUAAUACUUACUGUUUUAUACUGCUUGAGUGGUGUAUUGAAAUGUAAAUGCUUGAACUUUGAACCAAA